UAGGACUUUGUUCAAGUUAGCUAGUGUUUUGCAGCAUCCCUGCCAGAUGCAUGUACCAUCAGUUAUGCCAUCUUUUGCAUAUAAUCUCUGGAUGUUUUGUUGCAUUAGCGCCGUUUGGGCAGCAGGCAGCACCAUUCUCUUGUCCACAAAUCUAUUGUGGACUCAAGUUUGUGUCAAGUGCACUUCAGGAGUGCAGUUUUAGGGCCCCAAACCAGUUCUUGGGUACGACACUCUCCAUGAACUCUAAUUGUGUGUGCUCUUGUGUGGUUCUAAGUUUUGUGGUUUUUUAAAUAAACUGUAUUUCUGUGAUUGGAUACUGAUGAUCUCAACCUUGUUUGCUAUUGAGUUCAAGUAGAAUAUGUGUGUGCCUUCUCUACGGGCUGAUGCAUACUCAAGAGAUCAGGAUCCAGAUGUGUGGAGGUUUUCUGCAGCGUGUGUAUUGUGCUAUCAACAGCAACUAGUGCACUGCCGUCUUCAUCAGCGUGGUCUAGCUGUGUUGCACUUGAUGCUAUUGAUCUGUUUAGCAGACUUAGAAUAUCUAUAUUGCGUCCAGAGAUCAUCUCUAUGAUUGUGCAUGCCUGGUAAGAAUGUGCAGUGAUUACGCCGCCUUGUGUAUUUUUAAGAGAAUUAUGCGUGCAUGCAAACAAUGAUUGGGUUUUGACGCGCUGAAUAAGAUGCUAAGAGUGCAAGCAGGAGGUGUAAUGCAAAUGACUGUGC